AUGCAGAGCUCACGUGACGUUGUCGCCGGUAACAUUGACCUUGUGACGGAGAUCCUUCUCCGGCUGCCGGUGAAAGACGUGGGUAGAUGCAAGUGUGUCUCAAAACAAUGGUUGUCUCUCAUCUCCAACCCUCAAUUCUGUCACUCCCACUCUUGUCGUCUCUCCAACACCUCGGCCUCUUGUUUCCUUUGGUACCGAUCCUAUUCGCAAUUCCAUAGAAUCCCCUUGACUAACUUUGACUCUAACUCUUCUACUAUAAGGACCUACCAAUUUCGUGAUAAACGUGUUUUGCGUUAUACUCAAAUUAUUCAUUCAUGCAACGGUUUUAUAUUAUUCAAACAUGUAUACUACCGUGGUAAACAUUUGCGCCGAUACAAUAGUUAUGAAGUCGUUAACCCAACGACCAAGCACUCCCGUACUCUCAAAUUCCCUGGCCAAAAUUUUCACUAUGAAAUAUCAGCACUUUAUUUGGCUGUUGACCCUUUGAUAUCCAUUCACUUUAAAGUUAUUUCAUUCCUAAGAGUGCAAAGUGAGAGUCGGUGUAUCGAAUAUGAUGAAACUUCCGGUCCCAAGAAGUUCGAGAUUAAUACAUAUUCUUCUGAGACUAGUUCUUGGAAUGGGGAUGGAGUCUUCUUUACUGCCCCACCCAAUUUCAUUGUUGAUUCUGGCGUUUACUUCAAUGGUGCAAUACAUUGGUACAAUUCUGGUGAGAGUUCCAUAUAUUUUGAUGUCCAUCGGCAAUGCUUUAAAACACUGCCAGAACCAGAAUUUGAUAACUCUAGGAAUGUGCAUGUUAAGUAUUUCGGGGAGUCCAGAGGACAUUUUCUUUUGAUAUUAACUAAGAGUAAUGAAAGUUUGGACUUUGAUAUUUUGGAGCUAAAGGAAGAUUACUCCGGAUGGGUCGUGAGAUAUCAUGUGGAUCUUAAUCUUAUAGGGGAUGCAUUUUCACGACAUGUUGAUCGCCCAUUUUAUGUGUUAUGUGUUGUUCACCAAGCAAGUGAAGAGGAUUCAAUGGUUGUGUUGUUUCAAGACUCCAAAAUCAUGUCCUAUAAUCUAAAGGAUCAUACUUCAAGAAUUAUCUAUGAAUCAGAGGAUUUUCGGUACAUCACAGCAUAUGAAAUGGGAAAAUAUUUUUGUCCGUGCUUUGAAACACUAUUAAAUGUUGGAUUAAAAAGAACUUAUGAAUGGAAUAAUCUAGAGUCAUAA